GUCAAACGUGACGGGCCAACCGCAGCAUCGCAGACGCACCCUGCUUAUACUCCUUCCUUCCCCGGCCCGCCUCAGCGUACUAGCAGUUUGGUCCGGGCCCAACAGAGCUAGAGAGCUGCGCGGCGACAUGCUGCUCCGGGGAAGAGCGGCUGCUGCCGCUUUGCUCCUCCUCCUCCUUGUCACGGCGGCGGCCAAAGCGGAGGAGGGAGCGUUGCUGCCGGCGGAGCCGAUGGAGCUCUACUUCUCGCCCGCGGAGCUGGCGCGCAUCGCCGGGUACGGCGAGGAGCCCGUUUCGUCGGUGUUGGUGUCCGGCCAAGUCGCCUGCGAGCUCUGCCUCCGUCCCGGCUCCGACCUCCUCGCCUUCGAGCUGCCAGGUGCUAAGGUAGCUGUACUCUGUAAAACUGACAGACCCAAUGAUCAAGUGGCUGACUCUGCAUUUGCAACGACAGACGAGUUUGGCAACUUCACAAUAGAUCUCCCUUCCCAGCUCCACGCCACAGCAAAUCUGGAGAGGGCUUGCACUGUGAAGGUGCUCCAGCUCCCGGCAGACUCCUCAUGCCGCCUCCGACACUGCCCCAGCACCACCUAUGGCCUCAGGCUAUCUUCUCAGGAAGAUGGCGUUCGAACCUACACCACCGGGGUGAUACGGCUACAAAACAGUGAUACGCCGCAUGACAAGUGUGUGAGUGUAGAGGAAAGAACUGAAAGAAGAUGAACAAUUAUUUGAAACAAAGUCGAUAGGAAGCAAACAAUGGCAUGUGAAAUUGGAGUUCACGUUUGCAUCAACAUUGAAGAGAAGGUGAAAUUUUGAGAGACAAGUUCACUGGUCUCUAGUAUAGCUAUACGCAAGCGUGUAUAGAAAUGUACAUCGAUAUGUGUGUAUAUGUAUGUAAUCUUAGCAAAGGCAAAUGUGCAGGAACCAGAGGGUUCAUCUUCAGAGAGUUCAGUGUUCACGAUACCAAAUUAAAGAAAGCCACCUUUUGAUAAA